AUGAACGCCUUUAUUUACUACAACGUCGCCGCCUUUGUCGCAUACUGCGCCCUGACGUCCGUCCUCUUCAUGAUGUCGUUCGUCAUCCCCAAGGCGGGCUUCUUUGCGCGCUGCCUCGCCAUGUACAUGACCUUUUUCUGGGCCGCCGUCUUUGGCGUCGUCUCCUCCAUCAUCCUCACCCUCGUCGGGCACCAGAACAUUGCGCAGUGGGCGACGGCCCGCGCCUUCCUCUACUCGGCGCGCCUCACCACAGGUGCCAGCUUCGAGGUCGACGACCCGCGCAACGUCCUCGGCACCACGCGGCCCGCCGUCUUUCUCGGCAACCACCAGACGGAGCUCGACGUGCUCAUGCUCGGCGCCGUCUUCCCCAAGUACUGCAGCGUCACCGGCAAGCGCUCCCUCAAGCACAUUCCCUUUCUCGGCUGGUUCAUGACCCUCAGCGGCUCCAUCUUCAUCGACCGCGCCAACAGCAAGGACGCCCGCCAGGCCAUGCAGGGCGCCGCCAACGAGAUCAAGUCCCGCCAGCAGAGCGUCUACAUGUUCCCCGAGGGCACCCGCAGCUACUCCAAGGAGCCCAUGCUGCUGCCCUUCAAGAAGGGUGCUUUCCAUCUGGCUGUCCAGGCCGGGGUCCCCAUUGUUCCCUGCGUCGUGGCCAACUACAGCCAUAUCCUGUAUCCCAAGGACUAUGUCUUUAAUGCCGGCACAGUGCCCAUUAAAAUUCUUGACCCCAUCCCCACCAAGGGCCUCACCUCUGCAGACGUCGACGAGCUCACCCGCACCACGCGCGAACUCAUGCUCAAGGAGCUCAUGACCCUGACCGCCAAGGCCCGUGGCCAGCCCAUGGCUGUCCCUGCCAACCCUUCCUCGGCGGUCUCUUCUGGUGUCGAUAUCAAGAACUAA